AUGGCUUCGGCUGCACACACGGCAACCACUGCAGAAGCGAAUUGCGAGGGUAAUUUACCCGCGCAAAACGUACCCGCUCAAAUUUCCGGGCUGAAGGAGCUCGUUGAAACGGGGAAGUACGAGGUACGGACAGCCAGAAGGCUGAAGCUUGAGGCUCUUGCGUGGAUUCUGGACCAGUUUGGGGUGUUGCACGACGGCAACAAGGCGUAUCCCCAGGCGAUCGAAGCAUUGCGCCAGCUGGCAGCGUCUGGCGCCAAGGUGGUGCUUCUCAGCAACUCGUCCCGGAGAGUGGAGGUGGCUUCCCAGAAGCUUCCAUCUCUGGGUUUUGACUCGUCGCUCUUCUGUGGAAUCGUGACGAGUGGGGAGAUUACACACCGGCACUUGAUGGAUCGCUCCCUCGACCCUUUUUUCCAGACGCUCGGAUCAAAGUGUCUGCACUUCACAUGGGCUGCCAGAGGGGCUGUUUCGCUGGAGGGGUUGGGGCUCGAAGUGGUAGAUUCACCAGAAGAAGCGGAUUUUAUCCUCGCGCACGGCACAGAGGCAUUGGGGGUCGCAGAAGCAGACAAACCCGCCCGCCCGGCCUCGCUAGACGAGCUGGCGGGGCUGAUGAGUCGGGCGGCAGAGGAGGGGCGGCAGAGAGGCAAGAUGAUCCCGAUGGUCGUGGCAAACCCUGAUAUAGUCACGGUGGAGGCCCGGGCUUUAAGGGUCAUGCCUGGGACUCUGGCUCGGGAGUACGAGGCCAUGGGAGGUCUGGUCAAGUGCAUGGGGAAACCGGAUCCUAUUUCUUUCCGGGCAGCCCAGCAGCUGACCGGGUUUCCUCUCGACCGCACAAUCAUGGUCGGCGACUCGCUACACCACGACAUUCUAGGGGCGGCAUCUUUCGGCAUUGACUCCGUAUUUGUGGCAGGGGGGAUACACGCAGAUCAACUGGGGUGGUGA